AUGGAAGACUCCGCAUUCAUCGUCAACGCCGUCAACGCGAGCGGCAAAGCUCCCUUGCAUCCUUACUACCCGUUGAAUGCUCCACUCGCGCACUAUGCCGCCAAUUCACUGUCUUCGCCGGUCCUUGUGGCGACGUUUGUCGCUGGAUCGUUGGCCAUCUUCGCCGUGACGCUGCUGCUUAUCCAGCAGUCUGGCCGGACACUCUCCAAGGUUGCGACGGGUACCACCCUCUGGUUUGCGCUCUGCGGAUGCAUCCACUUGUUCUUUGAGGGCUACUUUACUGUCCAUUUUGCCCAGCUCGCCGCCCAGGACCACCUCUUCGCCCAACUCUGGAAGGAGUACUCCCUCUCCGACUCCCGCUACCUCACCCAAGACUCGUUCCUGGUUUGCAUGGAGGGCAUCACUGCGUUCGCCUGGGGUCCCCUCUCGUUCCUCUUGGCCUGGGCCAUCGUCAAGGACCACCCGAUCCGAUUCCCUCUGCAGCUCAUCAUCAGCCUGGGCCAGAUCUACGGCAACCUCCUCUACUACGGCACCUGCUUCUUCAGCGAGCGCGUCCUCGAGAUCGUCUACUGCCGCCCCGAGAGCUUCUACUUCUGGUGGUACUACUUCUUCUGCAACUUUAUCUGGAUCAUGAUCCCUGUGCCUCUGCUCAUCCAGAGCAUCUGGGAGACUGUCGGGGCUUUUGCCAAGGUUCAGGCUGCUGAGAAGGCCAAGAAGAAGGCUUGA